UCUUUAUAUUCGAUUCGGGUUUGAUGACGCUGAUCAGUUCUGGUCCCAAGGCCUAAUGGAAGCUCUUUUGCGCCGGAUAAAUGAGGUUAGCCAAGAAGAGCGAAUUGAAAUCUUCUGUGGUGCUGAGGACUUCAGCAAGUAUCACAAGGAUAUAGAGUCAUGUUUCAGUGAAGAGGCAUUUAAAGUCUUGAAUGAUGUGAAUAUUUUCAACAUCAGACAUGACCCAUCGUCAGCAUCGCACAACAAAUACCAAUAUGUUGUGUCCAAGAAAUUCAAGGCUGCCUGGAAGAAAUCUGUUGGAGAAUCCAAAGACCGAAUAAAAAUUCUUCUACAUCUGUUGACAUGGUACUCUUCUGCUGGAUACUUGGAGAUCCAUUACAAUGGCAAGGCAGUCUCUGUCCUGGACGAAGAAUGUAAACCAAAGAUUGCCCUUGCAGCAUCUUUACUUGCUGAUUUGUAUGACCGACUGAAGUCACAUGACAUCAAUGUGGAUGACUUUGGUAUGAUACUGGAGCACAAGGAGUCCUUCAUAUCCCUGUGUAGUGUCUUGGUGAUGGGGAGAAGUCGUCCAGAGGAACGGACCACCUUGGACGAGGCCAAAAAAAAGGCUGAGAGGAAUGACCUGAUUGCCUUUGUGAACAUGCGAAAGUAUGAGUUGGAUUACUAUCAGGAAAUAUGUCAGAAGUUGCAGGGUUUCAUUGAUGCAUGCAACUCUAUCACCUGUGUGGAAGUGGGGCCUCUCGGGAUGACUAUUCAACGUGACUUAGGAAAUGUGACAAUCCGGGAGUUGGUGGCACCGAUACCUCAUCAGCAUGAUUACGAAGGUGGACCUCCUUUGCCUGAAAUAGUUGUCUUUCCUGUCCUGCCAGCAGUGAUAAAAGCUUUGGAUGAAAUCAAAGUGUUGAAGUCAAGCAACAUCUUGAAAGGGAUCUGGAACAGAAUUGGAGAAUUGAAAACAAAGGAAGUGGCUUCUGGUGAUACUGAAAGCCUUGAUCUUGAAGAAGCAAUUGAGGAAAUCUGGACCCCAGCAAGGAAGGAAUGGCAUCGAGUCACUCAGAGCCUAAAGGCUGGCAAUGCCACCUUGCAAGACAUUGAUAAAUACUUUGGCUUCUUUGAAGGAAAUGUUUCCAGGAUUGAGAAGGAAUUGUUGGCUAUGAAAACAUUUGAUGACAGUGGGUUGGAUGUUCCUGCGGUGCUUGAAAAAAUUGAACUUUACUACAAACUAGAAUGCUUUGCUUCCGGAGCCAGAGCAAUUCUGGAAGUGAAAGAUGAAUUUGGAUUGACAGGGGACUUUGAGACUAUUGAGAUGCUUGCAAAUGUGGAAAGAAACAAGAACCAAUCCCUGAACCGCAUGGACAAGUCGAUCCUCCAAACAGGACAGUUGCUUGAAAAAAUUACCCUUGAGCAGAUCGGAUGUCUCCAUGUCAUUGGUGAAUGCAACGAGCUGAUCAAAUGGCUCAAAGAAGAGAUAGGAGAAACCAAGCACCUGAAGGUUUUUGUUGACCUGGCUAGCAUCAGUGCAGGGGAGGGAGAUUACAACAUGGAUCGUGUCCACAUGCUCCAUUCAGUCAUCACUGGCUAUGCGCCUCUGAUCUCUGACUUGCCUCAAAAUGCGAAUGCCGAGACAUUCCUAAAUCACUGUGAGAUGGUUUGGGGAGCUUUAAAAUCUGAUCCGACGUUGCCAAUGAAGUUGCGUAGCAUCCAGGGUCUUAUGGACUGGUUGAAGUUGGUCAAAGACUCUCGUGGUUCUGUAGAAGUUAGUUCCUUGGGGGAGGCGGAUGAUAUCAAUGCCAGAGGAAUUUACAGAGUGGGAAAUCUCAACAGAGGACACAAGAAAGUAGAGGAUGUGAUUCAGCUGACUGUACCAAGUGAAAAGAAAGGAGAAGAUGCCAAGAAGUACAGCUUUGAACAACUCAAUGAACUACAGAGCAAAUUAAUGUUGGUGUCAACGUCGAAGCGAGAUGGUGAUGAUGACAUUUCGAAACAUGCCGUUGACAGAUUCACAGAGAUAUUUGAGGGCAUUGCCACUCUUGCAAGAGCCUAUGUGAAAACUUGCUUGGCAGGCAAUGUACUGUUCCAAGAUUGGGUGUCGACAUUUUUCUGUGAUCCCAGCAGAAAAGUGAAUGUGCAAGUGAAUAUUCAACUAGAGGAAAGUAUUUUGACGGACAGGAACAAGGGUGAGAUUACUGAGCAGAUUCAUAACUUGGCAACUUUCAUGGUGGAUUGUCUGAAUGAAUGGCGGGGUCACCUAUGCGAGCAACGCUCGAUAUUUCCACAGCUGAAUCACUUCACAACAGCACAGAUUGUCACAUUGCGUGGUGAAUUUGCCAAAGUCAGAAAUAAGGAACAACUUGAUGUGAUGACCUAUGACAUGCUUCACAACAUCAAACAUGACUGCAGACAUGAAGACCUCAUCGCAGCUGUUGGUUUUGCUGAGAAUAUGAUCCGGGAGCAUGCAGCUCCAGUUAAAAAGUCUCCUGAGCCAGACGAGGAUGCUGAAGACGUACCUGCAGACAUCAGGGAAGUCCUGGAGAAGAUAACUGAUGGAGAUGUCUCGAAAAAGCUAGCCCGUCUCGCUAUCAAGGAAUGUGGCUUGGAUGUUGACAAGUGUCAGCUGUGGUGCUGGGAAAACCAAGAUAAAGAUGAUGGUGUUGAUAAUGAGACUGACAAAGGUUCUCAGUCUUCAGAUGAUGAAGCCGAUGACCUUCUCGGUGACCUUAACCUCCUCCAACCAUCAGUGAGAGAUGUUACCUUCAACUUACUUGGUGCGUUGGACAAAUCUAAAAAGGGACUGUGUGAUCAGUUGAGGGAACUUUGGGAUGGAUUCCUUACAUCUGUCUCGACUAGUGUGAAGGACUAUCUUAGUGUGGAACACCUUGGGAUGAUAUUGGAUGCACUAUCAGACAGAGAAAACACUGUGAUCAAGAGGUCAUUCCCUCGCGUGUUGAAGCAGGGACGGCCCAAUCUCAUUGUUUGCCCUGAGGUUGACGUGUACAACACUACUCUGAGCCUGUAUAUGGGUGAUAAACCUGAAGAUGUACAAUUACCAAGUGAUGAUGAAGUCCUCUUGUGCACAGCUCAAACUACAGCUGAAGAGGUUGAACUCCUCUGGCAGCGGGCUGUGAAAGAUCAACAAAUGAAGAUAUUCUGCCUCGUAAAUGCAGACCUCUUGGAUUAUGAUGUCAGCGACCAGGUAGAGAAGUCACUGGAUAAUUACAUCAAGGGCAGAACAGACUUCAGACUGGUGAUCAUUUGCUCCACGGAGAGAGAAGACACAUCGCGUAUUGUUACAGCUCUUGACAGAGACAGGAGACCGUUAAUUCCAUAUUCAAGUGUGAAAGUAAUGGCCUACCUACAUCAGCAGUUUCAGAAGGACCUAAAAUCAUGUAGAGGGAAUUCUGCUGCAGGCGUCGAAUUUGAGAAAUUGUCUGUACGCCUUGUCAAGUCCUCAAGGGCUGGUGUCGGGAAAAGUCUGCUCAUCAAAAAGCGGAGUGAAGCUCUUGGUGGCCAGGCCAUUACGGUCCGACUUCAUGAAAGACACAUGACCGAUUCUGAUCUGGUAGAGAAAUUGUUAGGAAAACGGGGCAAUACCAAGAAACGGAUGAAACCAACAUUGUUUCACAUCGACAUUGGACAUGAUGUUGUGGAAGGAGUCGACCAUGUCCUGUUCAAUAUGCUCAUCCUGCGCUGCGUGAAAGAUGCUUCUGGGAGAUGCUGGCGACGCCAUCCCUCUGACCUGUACAUGAUUGAGAAUUUGCCAUUGCUGCGGCAGGAAAUGCAAAGAACAACUGGAAAUGAAAAGGUCCAAUAUGUCCAUCAGAUGCUGAACAUUCUACCUAGUGUUACCUGUCAUCCUCCUAAAAAAACGUUGUCUAUACUCAGGAAUGAAGUUAAACUUGAAGGUUCCUUAGGUCAUGUGUCACUCAUUUAUGACGAUAUAUGCAGAAGCAAAGAGUUCACUAGGCCAUACCAUCAACUCAAGACACUGACCCCAGGAGAAAGGAAGCCAUGUCCACCAUUCUUGUGGUUGGAAUUGCUCUUAGAUUACUGUGGUGUCGAGAAUGGUGACCCAUCUUGGUCCGAGUUGCACAACUUUGCCUCUUUUCUCAACACUCAGCUAGCUGAUGCAGAGAGGUCUGCUUUCUGCUCUGAUUCUGUCCAGGCUGAUCUACCUGGGUUUGCAGUCUUUGUGGUCAAGUUCAUGGUUCAGAUGUCGAAGGACUUUGCCACACGUUCUCUGAUGGUCUCAGAGGAAACACCACAGUUACUUCAACCACAGGUGGGGGAGGAUGAUGAUGAGCAUGAUGAUGGAGAAGAUGAAGAUGAUGGUCUGCUUGCUCUGAGGCGGAGGUGGGAGACAAGUCCACAUCCAUACAUCUUCUUCAACCCUGACGGCCACUCGUUUACAUUCCUGGGGUUCAACAUUGACAGAAAGACUGGCAAUCUGAUUGAUAAUCAGACAAGGCAGAUAUUGAACACGAAUAUCAUGUCAACACAACUUUUUGAUGCCCUGAGCCGAAAUGAGGUCAGGCUUGCUGAGGACUUCGAUUCACUUGGAAGAGGAGAAAAGAUUAUCCGGUUGUGCACUGUGAUGGGGUUGGAGGAUAUCUAUGACCCAGAUGAGACCUACGAGCUCACAACCGACAACGUGAAGAAGAUGCUGGCAAUUUAUAUGCGGUUUAGGUGUGGUAUCCCUGUUGUUGUGAUGGGUGAGACAGGGUGUGGAAAGACACGGUUGAUCAAGUUCAUGUGUGAUCUCCAGGUACCUCCAUCAGGGGAUGUCAAGAACAUGGUCCUAAUGAAGGUACAUGGUGGAACAACACAUGCAGACAUCAUCACAAAGGUCGAGGAGGCCCAAAGACUAGCAGUAAAGAACAGGAAGAACUACCCCAAGAUGCACACAAUUCUGUUCUUUGAUGAAGCCAACACUACUGAAGCAAUUGGUCUCAUCAAGGAGAUCAUGUGUGACAACAGCAUGAACGGAGAGCAGAUCCAUACCAACACAGGAUUAAAAUUUGUGGCUGCUUGUAAUCCUUACAGAAAGCACACCAAGGAAAUGAUCCAGAACCUGGAACAGGCCGGACUUGGAUACAAUGUCAAGUCAGAUAAAACUGCUGACAAGCUAGGGCGUGUGCCAAUGAGGCACCUGGUGUACCGCGUUCAACCCCUCCCACAGAGCAUGUUGCCGCUUGUCUGGGACUUUGGGCAGCUCAACGAUGAGGUGGAGAAGAUGUACAUCAGACAAAUUGUGCAAAGAUAUAUGGACGACGAGCAAAUACCAGAUGAAACUGAUAUGAACCGCGUCAUCACAAACAUCCUUGCUGCCUCCCAGCGCUUCAUGAGAGCACAAAAGGAUGAGUGUAGCUUCGUCAGUCUUCGCGAUGUUGAGAGGACAAUGAAUGUGAUGGCGUGGUUCUAUGAACAUAUUGAACUCCUUAAUGAACGGAUGGAUGAUUCAGAUGAAGAGGAUGAAGACACAGUUGAUGAUGAAACACGUUCUCUGAUCCUAGCACUGGGCGUGUGCUACCAUGCAUGUCUGCAGGAGGGAACCAGACGUGCUUACCGCGAAUACAUAGUAGAAUAUUUCGAGGAUCCAUGCGCCCUUCCACGUCCCAGUUGUGUUCUUGAGGAAAUCAAUAGAUGUCAAGAUCUAUUCCUGAAGGAAGCACAAAUCACAGAGCCUAACAUUGCUCAUAAUCAGGCUUUGAAGGAGAACCUGUUUAUGAUGGUUGUAUGCAUUGAGCUGAGGAUACCUCUAUUCCUUGUUGGAAAGCCUGGAAGUUCAAAGUCUUUGGCGAAACUCAUUGUGACAGAUGCUAUGCAGGGUGAGACAGCAGAUUCUCCUCUCUUCAAGUCAUUGAAACAGGUUCACAUGGUGUCCUUCCAAUGCUCACCACUGGCCACCCCUGACGGCAUCAAAGGCACAUUUAGUCAGUGCGCAAUGUUCCAAGAGAAGAAGAACUUGGAACAGUUUGUGUCUGUCGUGGUGUUAGAUGAGGUCGGACUGGCCGAAGAUUCACCUAGAAUGCCAUUAAAGACACUUCAUCCCUUGUUAGAAGAUGGUACCUGCAGCAGCAAUGAAAAACCUGAUGCUCACAAGAAGGUGGCAUUCAUCGGUAUCUCAAAUUGGGCACUCGAUCCUGCCAAGAUGAACCGUGGCAUUCUGGUCCAGCGUGGUGUGCCUGAUGAGGAGGAACUCAUUCGAAGUGCAGAGGGAAUAUGCCGAACAAAGAGAGAGGUCUUCGAAAAUAUCAGACCCCUGAUUCCCAGGAUGGCAAAAGCUUAUUUAGAACUGUACGACUCUGCACAAGAAAUUCGUGAGUUCUUUGGACUUAGAGAUUUUUACAGUCUCGUCAAAAUGGUGUAUGCCUUUGCGGAGAAAUCGAGAGCUGAGCCAACUUGGCAUCAGUUGGAGCAUGCUGUCAGGAGAAACUUUGGUGGGAUAGAAAAUGUGGAUCCAGUGGAGGUGUUCCGGAAAAAAUUCCCAAAUAUGAGUCGACAUCGUAGGUUGGACGAUCCAGAGUGCGACGCAAAAGGCUUGAUCAAAGCGUGCCUGUCCGGAGAUGGAGAGACCAGUGACAGCCGUUACCUACUCAUACUGACGGAGAAUUACGCUGCUCUAGGCAUCCUGAAGCAGCACCUCCUCAACAUGGAAGACUUCAUCGUCAUAUUUGGUAGCAGCUUCCGCAGUGAUCAGGAAUACACUCAGGUCUGUCGUAACAUCAACCGCAUCAAGAAGUGCAUGGAGACUGGGAAGACAGUGGUCCUGCUGAAUCUCGAGUCGCUGUAUGAGUCAUUGUACGAUGCUCUCAAUCAGUAUUACGUCCACAUGGGAGGCGAGAGAUAUGUUGAUCUCGGACUUGGGACCCAUCGCGUCAAGUGUAGGGUACACAAAAGCUUCAGACUGAUAGUGGUUGCCGAGAAGGAGGUUGUGUAUAAAGAAUUCCCGAUUCCUCUGAUUAACCGCCUUGAGAAACAUGUGCUCUCCAUGACGACCAUGCUGACUGAGAAACAGAUUAUGGUGAUGCGGAGAGUUGGGAAAUGGGCAAAGGACUAUGUGACGCCUAAACUCCCUCUUCAAAUGCAUCAGCCUAGAAGAAAAGCAAAGCCACCCACCCCAGGAGAUGUAUUCUGUGGCUACCAUGAUGAUACUGCAGCGUCUGUCGUUCUACAGGUCAGCAAGGAAAUGGAAGCAGAGGAGACCGGUGCAGAUUGGAAUAAGGAAGUUUUCACGCAAUGCAAGGAGGUCCUGCUAAUGUGUGCCACCCCAGAAUCAGUUGUCAGGCUGAAAGAUACCAAGUUGGACUCUGAGGGGAAAGCUCUCUUUGACAGAUAUUUCAUACAGCAGGCUCAUGACAGCCUUCCUCAACUCCUGAAGUGGAUGCUGGAGGGCAGGACAUCAAGGGAAGGGGUCUUCUUGGAGGUGACCACAAAGUCGCACCUUCUUGCCAAGAAAGAUGCAAAGGCUUUAUCCAAGAGCAUGGGCAUUGGGAACAAUUUCACCUUGCUGGCUUUGCAGGCAAUGGACACAAAGCAACAGUUUUCUAGGGAGUUGGGGAAAUUCUUUAACCAGGAAAAUGAUGAACGACUGAUGCUGCUCCAGUGUGACUCUGGUGACAGGAACAGUAACUUGAUAGCAUGUGCUCGCUACCAGAUCAUGGAAGAGUUCACCAAGUCAAAGAGUAGGAUAAGAGGGAAGGCACACUUUGUGUUUAUUGUACAGAUGCCGAGAGUGAUGGCAGGAAGCUUCAUCGGAUUCCAAGGUGGGAGAUGGCGCUCUGUAUAUCUCGAUGACCUUCGAAUUGGUCAGCAGCUUGCAGUCAUCAAGUUGUCUGAAAAGUCCAUCGGUGAUCUGAUUGAAGAGUCUGUAAAAACAAACUUUGCUGUGAAAGGGAUUGGAGAGUGCCUGCAGCAAAAGGGAGCUCUGGGGUUCAUUGACGAUGUCCACAUCUCAAGGGAAGGACCGCUGACACCACCCCUUUCUCCAGAGAGUGUGGAAAUUCAUGUGGAAGAUAUUGAUAUUGAAAACUCUGAAACGUGGCCAAUUCAACUGAGAGAAGUUGUGCCGAUGAGAAGACAAAGGGUUCAAGAGCAUGAGGGAUGCCAAACUCAUGAUGCACGAUGCAAUCGAUCCGUUGAUCAGCUGCUUGAUGUAGAUGCUCUAAUUCAUUCCUGUGUCCAGAGUAGCACUUCCAUGGUCAAAGAUCCCGAGACUGUUCCGUCAAAGAGAGCUACCAAGCGAUUGCACAUCAUUUUGGCAGAGCUUUCUCAGAAAGAAGAUGUAAUCUCUUUGAUGGACGUCAUGAAGCUUCGCAUGCUGCAGCUGUUUCAAGAAAAGGAAGGCAAGAUGUCAGUGGUGUCGUUGGCUCGUGAUUGGCUUAGAAAGGAUGCUGCGGCGGCCGAGACUAUCAACCGUGUUGGAACUUUUAGGAGGGCCGUCCAGAUAGUGAUUGAAAACAAGUUGACACCCAUCCUGGCAGGAUUGGUGGCCUACAUGGAUACCAACUGCAACCUUGAUAUCCUAAAGAAAAAAGAGACGCACCAUCAUGACGUCAUCCGACAGCUCUGGCUUCAAAUGUUUGCUGAUCAACUUGUGACGCAACUUUCCUACGCGCACUUCCAGUCACCAACUACACAUGUUGAGAUGACGGAAAUGAUCUCCCCGCAGACAGGCAUCGGUCAUCACCUGUUCAAACCUUUGUUUCCCUUCUCCUGGGAAGUUCACUCGCAGAUGGAGCUGAUCAUACAGACCUCAAGAACAGCAGCGGGGAAAAAGAUGGAACUGACUUGUGAGAGAUUAUUCCUUGAUAGUUCUGUGGGGAAGUUCCUGAAUAGAUUCUUGCAAGACCAGCCAGAGACUGUUCAGAAUGAACUGAUGGAACACUACCUGAAAGACUUUGUUCAUAUGUGCUUCAAACUGGACGGGGAAGAACUAGAACAGAUAUUGAUGAAAACCCUAAAGAUCGCCUUCAGGGAAAUUCGUCUGAGUUUGAAACUGGAUGAGGAGGAUGGCACACGACUGACGAUACCAAAACUCCACCUGACAUAUGCCAAGUGUCGAGAGAGGCUGGAGCACUUUUUCCAUGCCUGCAGUGUCUGGCCUCAGUGCCUGGAGUCAUUGAAGGACAACAAGGAACAUGAGCUGAGCAGCACAGUCACGGAGAUGACGCUUGAUGUAAAUGUCCUUGUCCUCAUGAUUGACUUCAUCAACGAUCUUCAAGAUAAGUUGAAAAAAGUCAAAGGGAGGAAAGCAUGGCUUGAGCAAGUUAAAACGUUGAAACCCGUGAUUGAGAGAAUCAUGCAGCAGAAUAGUGUUCAUGAUUCAAGGUCACCACUUGGAGCGCUGUGUCAGAAAUACAUGGAGAAAUACAAACCCCUGUGGACGCGUAUCUGUGUUGUCCAGCUCUUCAUUGACCACGUCUGCCCUCCCCAUGUGAAGGAUGAAGCAGCUCGUGUUGAUUCUAUGGGACCACUCUGGCUGUAUCUUGGAAAUAACUCCAAUUUCAAGUCAGCAGCCUCAGUGGAGAAGGUGGCUCAAUUCCUGAAAACUUGCAAGAACAAGUAUGUUACGAAGUUCUACAAAGAUCACCUGAAAUGUCCAGGGUGUCAGGAAGUCAAGAACGAUCCUGUCCAACUUCCGUGUAAACAUUCCCUCUGCCGUGACUGCCUCCAGGAGCAGUUUGAAGUUGACGACCGAAUAUGCCUGACCUGUAAAGCUGAAAUACCGGAAGCGUUCAGUAUACCAGUCCGGGCUAGUAAUAGAGAUGCUGACAUUGCCUACAAAAAAUACAUCAAUGCCAGUAACCAGUUCUUUAUGGACAUCAUCUCUCAGCUGUGUUUUGCUGAGGACUUGCCUCCUCAGCAGGAUGUCAUAAAGAUCCUUAUUUCGUAUGUCAUCCACGAGCCACGGGAUCCGGAUAGCAGCAUACCUUCUAGCACAAAGCAGUUUACGGUGUAUGAUGAAUGCAUCGAUGCAACUCCUGUACUCAGAUCACUCCUGUUACAGCUACUCCUAAGAUACAACACUGAUGAUGUAAGAGAACACCUUCAGCUGUAUUUCAACAAAUCGCGGCAGUUUUUGAAGAAUCAAGAACACGUUAUUGAGUUGUCGCUAUUGUGUGCACGGUGCUUCGAGGAUUCCUACCACAGUCACUGCAGCAGUGAGUCUCGAGGUGAUGUCCUGGAGGAAAGGAUAAGGAUGGGGACAGAGCAUCUUGAGUCCGCUUGCGACCAUUUGGUAACUGAGGUACUAGACAUCACCAAAGUGGAGGCCAUUGCUAAGACCAGGUUCGGUCUCGCGGUUGCGGCUGAGAUGAUGUAUAGGAUCCAUGUUGUCGAGGAGGAUGGGCAUGAUAGGGUUGCUGUUCAGAGAUUGUGGGAGGUGGCAAGGAGAGUUCAUAGCAACAGUCAGUCAAAAUGGCCAAGGCUCUACUUAGUGAAACAACUGUGCAGGACUUACGGCAUGGACUGUCUAAGCACGAUAUCUCGGGUGCAUUACCUUGAGUGGAUACUACCAGACGAGGCCAAGUAUAAUCAGAAUGCUGCAGUUGAUCGUCUCGUCUUGUAUGGAAAUCACUACAAAAGAUUACGGGAUUGCGUGGUCAAGGUCACCCUGGGAGAACCCCUGCAGGACUUUGCCGCAGCAUGUGAGGGCCUGAAGGGCAAAAACCAGGUGAAGGAAGUUGCCUGCCUCUUGGCGCUGCAUCGUGAGGUGUUCACCCAGAAUAUGUUUGAAGAGAAUGUCAACCAUAGGAUCUGCGAUGAGAUAAUUGACAACCUACUCAACGUUUGUAUCAGACAAAAGUUUAUGAAGAACCAGCAAGCCGCGCGUGAUAUACUGGAGGGAGCCAAGUCUGAGAGAUUAGGUCCACACCCUGUUCAUGCUGACAACACAACCAAAGCUAUCAAGGACCUGCUUGUCCUAUUCAACCUUGUGAUGCAGUCAUCCAACAAGUCACCGGCUCUGCUGAAGCCGUUAAAGACUAUGAUGAGUGAGCCUCGCAAGAUGGUGGCAUCCUACCUUCCGACCAUGCCCCAGGAUCAUCUUGAGGAGGUCAGAGAAGCUAUUCUUAAGAACAGACGUGACUAUGAAAAUCCUGUUUUCUAUGCUUGUAGUAAUGGUCAUCCGUACAUAAUUGGAGAUUGUGGUCGACCUUCCGUGAGGGACACCUGUCGAACAUGUGGGGUUACCAUAGGUGGGAUCGAACAUGUUGCUGUUGUUGGAAAUGAGGUGUUGGGUACACGAGACGACACACAGACAGGGCACGUACUUGGCCGAGCAGACAUGCAGGAUCUCACUCCCGUCCCAGAGCGCAACCUUUCUCCGGCAGUCACAAUCAUCCUUCGACUGCUGCUCCACAUGUCCAUGCAGAUAGGCACCAACCAUGAUUACCAGGCCAUAGCUGUGAUGAUCAAACCAAAUGUAGCUGUUAAGGACGUCCGCGGAUUCCUAUUUGACCAUAUCCGCCAUGAUAUUCAGCUGCUUGCAAGGGCUCUUGGGAAGUCACCAGAUGAUUGCUUGUCGAUAAUGACGCUGCUUGUUAGCGGUGGAUUAAUGGAAGAAAAGAGAAGUGAUGCUCGUUUCAACCUUGAGCUGAAAUCAAAAGAUGCCCGUCGUAACUGGGAGAUUGCAUUCUCACAAGCAUAUUUGACACCUUUACUUCAAGAACUUGAUGUCAAAGUGAACAGAAUCAACAAAAGAUUGCUCGACGAUGAGCGCCUGUCGCACAAUCCACUGAUUAAGAUUAUUCAUGAGGUCAUCACGCUUGGUGAUGAUGUCGAUAUCAACCAGAUUCACAACAGUCAUUUGAUGUGGCAGUAUCGCUACCGCGUGACGGUUGAUCACCUGGCACAGCUCAUGAAUGAUAACGCACAUGGUGGGGAUCAAACCAAGAUUCUGCGACACUUCUUACAGGAGGAACAUCAUCUACGUGCGAUGUGCCAUCUACCAGCCAUCAUCAAACUACAACAGAUUUUGCUUCAAAAGUACCAGUACAGAAUCAACCAAGCCGACGCCCGUCUUAGGAAGGUCAGCAAAUUCCUACAAGAGGAUGUAGGAGAAACCCAGAGAAAGGAAAUAAAGGGUUUGGUGGACGAGUUUGCCGAGGCCUGGAAGUGUGUCAGAGAUACGCUGCAAACAUACAGUGCGAGUGGAUACACACUGCCUCGCGAGAAUUGUGACAUUACCGUGAACGAGGACACUCCCAUCGCCAUGCUAAUCCCGAGCCAGCAGGGCCUCGGCCUCUGCUCCGUCAUGCUGGUCGAGUUUCUCACAAGGAAACACAAUGAGUUCAUCAUGGCAUAUUGCAGAUAUAAGGAGAGAGAGUCAAGUGAGCUGCCAGAGUUCAGCAUUAAAGAAGCCACACCUGCCCACCUGAUCUCCUAUGACCCUGAGAAGGACCUUCUACCCAUGGUCCUUGCCAACUGCAACUACUCCCUGGAGGUCGGGAAGGGUACCAUCAUCACUUAUGACUUCAGUGGAAUAGAGAGACAACUUGAGGAGAGACUGUUAAGAGGAAAACCGAAGUUGCGGUUUGAGAUAUCGUCCAUUGUUUUCCGAGGAGACUACAGCAAUGCCGCUGAAUUCCAUGCACUGCGGUCUAAGAUCCGUCAGGAACCUAUGAGCCAUGCCAUCAGGAUGCAAAUUGUCCAAGAAUGUCGCAUCCACUACCAUGGGUUGCCUGACUCCAUGGCCCACCUUGACGUGGCUAUCCACUUCCUCCUUUCGGUUGGUGGAGAUCCAGAGACAAAGCUGAUCACAUUCAUGUGCGACACCCUCAAGUUGCCUGAGAAGAUUUUCACCUCGCAGAUCCGUCAACAUUGCCUAUUGAUGCACAUCCAGUCUCUGUGGUUGAUCCUGUCCAUGGAGAGGUCCAGGCAGAUGCACUGCUACGAUCUGGACCCGUUUGAUACUGUCAGCCAGCACUACCAUGAACCACUGGAUGCUGAUGCGAUCCAUUCACUUUACAAUGCCUUGCAGCAUCUCAACAUUGACACCUUUGUGUCAGAGCUGCAUGAGUGCAUCCUGCUGAAUAUUAAUGUCCAGCAAAGCAGGAACGAAGGGGAUGCAGUCGAUAAUGCCAACUUUGGGCUUGCUGACGUAAUGAGAGAGUACAUCAAUUCCAAGGAUGGAACAGCUAUUCCGUCAUUGAGUAAUGGAACAUUUCCCAGAGAAAUCCUUGUGAUGCACGCUGUGUCAGUCUGGACGGAGGCUGUCACCAUUCAAAACAAGGAAGAAAUGACCAGGAGGCAUUAAUGAGGAUAUCAUGUUGCCUGUUGAGGCAUUCAACCUGGCAUGGCCCCGAGUCCUUGCAUUAUUUCAAUUAAUUUGGUAAAGGCUGUAUGCAGAUUCAAUCUGGCUGAGGAGAGUUAAAAGCUGUAGUGUAUUGGCUCUGUCAACCUCUUGACUACCAAAACUUGAAAAUCCCGGGAUCCCAGGGUGGUCACAUGGUUGCGAAUUUGGGUCUGACUUUCACGAUGUAUAGCGCCUGCCUACAACCGCCAAAGUCUGGUAACGAGGCACCAUCUACCCAGGCAUGCUCUAACUGACCCUUCUGUACAUCAAACACGCUAAAACAAGCAAUAAAAUAGCGUCCUAGCUCAAGGAUAUAAACAUAUUACUGAGAUUGACCUGUUGGUCGUUGGGAAAAAACGAGUUUCAGUUGAACUGAAAUUAUUUUCAGUUGAACUGAAAUUGUUGAACUGAAAUUAUUUUCAGUUAACUGAUAUGAUUUUCAGUCAAGCUUAUGUUAUUUUAAGUUCAAGUGAAUCUAAUUUCAGUAUAACACUGUACUAAGAGAAUAACAUCUACUUACUUUGCCAAACUCUGAUAUUUGGAACUCCUUAGAAACAAAGUUUUCCAAUCAAUUCUCACUGGUUAAUGAAGAACAAUGCCUAUAAUGUCACCGAAGAUUCCAUAGAAUUUACGUAUAACUAGAUGCUCUCUCUCUACUUUCUGUUGCACUAUGGCGGUCCGAUGCAGUCACAAUUGCCUAAUUUCAGUUGAACUCUAAUUAUUUUAAAUCAAAUUGAUAUUAUUUCAAGUUGAACUGAUAUUAUUUUGAAUUAAACCUAAAGUAAGUUUAACUGAAACUAAAUUUAGUACAACACCGCAACUGGAAUAUUUUGUACUAAAAAUAUACAUAGCGACUGCUAAACUUACUUCCCCAAAAUCUGCUAUUUGGGAAUCUUCGGAAACAAAAUAUUUGAACAAAUUCCCACUGGUUAAUGAAGAAACAAUGCCUGGAUUGUUACCGGAAAUUCCCGAGAAAUUAAGUAUGACUAGAUGUACUCUGUAUUUUCAGUUAAACUCAUAUUAAUUUUCGUUGAACUGAAAAUAUUUUAAGUUAAAAUUAUAUAAGGUUUAUUGUGACCGCUCUGGAGCGCCAUAGUACUGACACUUACAGUACUUACCAAUACCACAUAUGGAUUCUACGCUUGCCGAUAUUAAGAGGUUAUGUUUCUUUCUGCAAUGACUGUGACUCCAGUUACAUUCAACAAGAACUAAUGCCAGAAUCCUAAACAUCCUGCAAGUAGAAAGUGGCACUGAAGUGAAACAGUGAAUAACUGAAUAGCCAAUAUUCUUCUGUUUUCUUCUGUAAGAAUUUUUACUGUGGAUUCUUCUGAUGAGACUACAUUAUAUAAUACGUGGGUUCUUGAUUUGACAGGUCACAAGAGGUCAAACUCUAAAUUACCUCCGCAGCUUGUGUCCUCAUUAUCAGUCGAAGACUCUAGAUGUUUGAAUAUUAAGGUCAAUGUGACCUACAUUUCAGGUGUAAGUAGGUCAAGGUCAUACUAUGCAAUGUGGGUAAUAUAUUGAGAAACCUUAAUGGUGUAUCUUCAAUUGAAGGGCAUUAUGCUAGAAACAUAACAUAAUGCUUGAAUUGAAACCUUUUUGUCAUUGCCCUACUUUUAAGGGUCACAGAGGUCGAACUCUAAAGUAUCACAAAAGGUUGCACUUUUCAUCAUUAUUUGUCCUUAACUGUAUAUUAUCUUCUGUAAAAAGUUGUAUCUAAAAAUUUUUCGGUCAGCUGAAAGGUCAAACACUCUGCGUCACAGAGGUUUUAAAUGGCAAGUAUGUUAUGGUCUAUAUGCAUACUUGUUUAAAUUAUCUUUGCAAAGAGUGUAGCAAAGAUUUCGUCUGCGCAGCACAUAGUUUUGUAUCAGUAUACCUUUUGUACUUCUCAUAAAAUGUACUUAAUCUACGACAUUCUUAAGGAAUGUGUGCAGUAGGCUGAAUGGUCAUCACAAGCAGUCGCUACAGGCAACUUACGUCUUACAGACAUUGAAAUGGCCUUUUGCAUUUUUUGUGAUUCAGACAAGUGUUGAAAAAGAAAUUGUUAUUGUGUAAUUAUUCUGCAGUAUGGUAGUUCAGUGCCGCAGUGGCGGAAUGAGUUAUGUAUUUGCAAGAACUGAAUUUAUGAAAAGGACUUUCAUAAAUACUGUAAACUGUGAAAUUUUGCAAUGAUAAAUGUCAGUUAAUUUGGUGAUAGAUAACUAUUGCAUAGGCUGCCACAAUUUAAUUGAAACUGUAUCACAUUUGAAUUCAUUACAUUUUUUAAGUUCCAUUUUACAACGUAUUUGCAAAAAUUGCAAAUAUAAAUUAUUCGCGAAAAAAUUCACAGUUUACAUUUUACAAAGUAAAGUUUUGUUUUGCUAGUAUGACAAGACUAUCUUUGGCAUUCAUCGAUGGUGUUCAUGCUAAGGAAGAGCUAUUUUAUGUUAAUAUUGCAAUCAUUAAUUUGUGCGAAAUAAAAAAAUGACACCUAUGUGUUUGUAACAGCUUGACAAUUUAUGUAGUAAAAUUCCUAAUCUAUGAAAUAUUGUCAUUUCAGUCUAUUUGUGUUUAGAAUGUGUGUAUGUAGGAAAGACGGUAGAGGUGCCAUAGUCCAAAUUUCAUCUUGCUGUGACUGUCUUAUCCCCUCUCAACAUGUUGGUGCGGCUGUGGAUAUGCUACAGCUGUGACCGUCUCAUUAUCACUUACGUUGUA